CCAUCUUCAGUUUGGACAUGGCACAUGUAUGGUUUGGUUGUUCUGUUGUGGCUAUAUGAUGGAGGAAGAAUUGAAUUACGUGACUGUGAAUUUCAUCAAACGAGACGCUUCCACCCAAGAGAAACAGCAGGAGUUAGAACAAGUCUAUGAUGAAGUGAAGACAGAGUCUCAAAGAUGUGACAACCAACAAGGCAUUACAGAGCAAGACUAUAAACAACCAAGCCACCGUCCCGUUCUCCCUGUAGUAUGUUCAGUAUGUUUGGGGAUCAUCUGUGUCAUCUUGCUGUCAAUCAUUGCAGUACUCAGCGCUCACUUCCAGACAGUUAUGUUGGAGCAGUAUACUGUAAACGACAACCUGACCAGGCAGAAUCAUCUGCUGCGGGCGGAGAUGUUGCACCAUAAGAAUGUUUCGAGGGAGCUCAUCAGCAAGAGUGACCGACUCAACUGGACGUUGGGAGUCAUUCUGGACUUCUCUGAUUUCCCAGUGCGUUCCUAUUGUCCACAGAAAGUGUGCAAACCCUGCCAGGAUGGAUGGAAGCUCUUUCAGUCCAAGUGCUAUCUGUUUGCCAAUCAAUACUACAGCUCCGGGUGGAACUAUUGGGAUAACAGUCAGACAUCCUGCCGGGAUUAUAAUGCUCACCUGGCAGUGAUCGACUCUCAGGAAGAACAGGAGUUCAUUAGCAGCCAGGCUGAAGAGUACCACGAUGCAAAGCAUGGCUACUGGAUUGGCUUGAAGCAUGAGAAAAACGAAUGGACGUGGGUGGAUGGGAGCAACACAACUGUAACUUAUUGGGCAGCGGAACAAACAACAUCUGGGACGUGUGUGUUACUACUGCCAAAAUCUCCCCCACAGGCCAACUGGAAAAAGACGUCUUGUUUUAUGUACAACCGCUGGAUCUGUGAAACAAAAUCAUUAAUAAUGCCUGAAGACAGAACUAGGGUCCCUUAGGUUCCUAAAAUCCAGCAUGUUGGUGGAAGAGGACUUGGCUUUGCAACAUUUGUGUCAAAAACUUUUGUAAAAAGCUGAUGUAUAUUUGAAAAAGACCUUGCCUUAUCGAUAGAUAGACAGCCAUUAUUCUUGCCGCGGUGCUAGACAACAACUCUCAACAGCUCUCAUUUUCUUAGAUUGUGCUUUUGACAGACCACCUUUGAAGGAUUUUGGGUUUAGUAAAUGCAAACUUGAAAGACAGACUAAACCUUACUCAGCAAUAAGCAGUAACAAUAUGGCAGUUGGCCAGGUAACAAAAUUUGGGUGUUGCCACGCAGGAAUUCUAGUUAUAUUUUAUGUUGUUACUAUUAUUAUUAUUAUUUUAUCAAGCACAGAUUUGUGAAGUUUUCUGUUCAACAUGAUGAUGAACAGUGUGUCAGAGGUGUGAUCUGGAAUACUAAACAGAAGUUCUAGUGGUGAAACAGUUGCAGUUGUACAAACUUAAAAGGUAAAACUAGGACUGGGACAUUCAUUUUUCUGAAGUAAAUACAUUCAAAUAUAACAGCUGAUUAAUCCCACUUAAAGUUUCUUUGCCAGGGGACAUUUUUCUGUGCAUAAAUUCCACAUACAGUGUGAUGUCAUAACCAAAACAUGAAGGAGACUAAAUGAUAUUGUGUUCUGUGUACUUCACGCUGCAAAGAGUUCAUGCAUCACUGGAGCACUUCCAUCCUGAUUCAGCCUAUGAGCACACAUUCUAGUGCACAUAUUAAAAUACGAUUCAUCUCGAGUGAUAAAUAAUAAAACCUCUAAUUAGAUUGUUUUUUAACAUCACAUCCACCUCUAGUUAAAACAUUACAUUCUUCCACAGAAGCAUAGCUGACUUCUGACUUCAACUUAGACAAUUGGCCUGAGCCAUAAGAUUCUAUGUCUGGGUCAGGUACGUUCUUUAGAACGCUCACGGCUUAUCAUUUUAGACAGUGAAAUGGAAACGAUUGUCUUGAGUGCAGCUGGAGCGUACACGUGGCGGAAGUUCUGUCUUCCUCUUUACCAGAAGAGAAGCUUUCAUUUAAAGUGACAGAUGAGCUCAUGCAAAUUUCAGCUGUACAUUUAAUUUCAUCAAUAAAAACAGAUACAAAAUCCAUCAGGUUCCAUGCACAGUUCAUUCACGGCAUAAAAAUGUAUUACCAGCCACAAUAUU